GUUGUGUGUUGUUACCUUAGCUGAGACCCACCCAAUCCUUCAAGAAGGACGCACUAUCAAGAGCAUCAAUUACCAGAUCAGUAAUGGCUGCAGUCGCUUGAAGAAUAAAGUGUCUGGAAAGUCUAAACGGGGGGCACAGUUUGUUACAGACUUUGCACCGUUGUGCAGAAUAACAUGCUCAGAUGAGACAGAGUACACAAUAUAUAGUUGCAUAAGGGGACGGCUUCUGGAGGUUAAUGAGAACAUUUUGGAAACGCCAAACCUCUUGAUAGAAAAGCCGUCCACAGAAGGAUACAUCGCCGUCAUCCUUCCAAAGUUUGAGGAAAGCAAGAGCAUCACCGAACACCUCUUGACGAGAGAAGAGUUUGAGGGCGUCGUCUCCAAACGCAGUGUGUCACAACCCUCCUCAUAGGGCAUCUAAGACUAAAAUUUUCUGGGAGAGAUUUAGUUUUUUUUCUUUAAGUAUGUUUCCCACCUUCAUUCUCCCAGUUGGUUCAAGACAAAGACUGAGAAAAUGGACUGAAUCCACCUCCUGAGGAGAAGCUUUUGCUAAAGAAGCACUUUGCCUUCAGUUUUUCUCCCAAUUACAAAGACUCCAGAGUUUUUUUGUUUUAUGUCCCAAGCUUCAGAAAGCUCUAAUUUAGAAUGUAUGUUAUUAUAAAAGAAGAAAGAAUGAAGUAUUUUUUUUGUGAAGUACUAUACAUUAUUUGCAGAUGAUAAAAAUUU